GAAUCCGAGCGUGCGAGUGCCAGUGCGAGGAACGAGCGAGGCCGUUCGUCCGGCCCUUGUUGAUGAUCCCUGCAUGCUUGCGUUCCGUUUGGUUUUCAGUUUCCACCACGAAAUAACAAGGCUGUGUAUAAAUCCUUCCGGUGCUCUCCCUCCUGCAUCGCCGGAGCCAAACGCCAAACGCCACCGCGCGCGCGCUCUCCUUCUCGUCCUGAUCCCCCUCAGAUCGAGCGAGAGGGAGGGGGCACCCACCGGGAGGAGCCCGUCGUUUUGAUCGGUGUCACGGCCCCCCACGUUCCCGCGAGGAGGAGAUCGAGCAACCCCAAGGAAAUGGCGCCGAUCUCCAGAUCCACGGCGGUUGUCCUUGUGAUGAUGGCUGUCGUCGUCGCCGUGCUCGCCGCCGCGGCUAACGCCCAGGCCCCCGCCCCAGCACCCGCUACCAGUGACGGAACAAGUGUAGACCAGGGAAUCGCCUACGUCCUGAUGCUGGUGGCGCUUGUCCUCACCUACCUCAUCCACCCAUUGGACGCCUCCUCCGCCUACAAGCUCUUUUAAAAAAAAUCAUCCGCUUUGUAAUUUGGCGCUAAUUGAGGGUGUCAUUAACGGUGUUUGAUUAAUCGAUCGAUCCAGUUUGCACCACAACCAGAAAAGAAAAAAAAAAACUAUGCACACAUCUUAUCCUUGCUACUUCUAGGACAUUUUCGCCCUGUCUUUCAGUCGGGGAGAGGUCUGAAGGAGCCGAAAUUAUUGCAAAUGACUCAUUAGGGGGGGACUGAUUUUUCUCGUUCAUCUGCAUGAUACAGCAAUGGUGUGCAAUACUAGUGGUGCUUUCAGUAAUUCAAUUAUCUGAUCCGAUC